GCUUGCAACAUUGGCAUGACGCAUGCAGCGGCCUUAGCAGACCAGGCUUUAUCUGGUGCAUAUGCGCAGCGAGCCGCUAGACUUCCGGCGUGGAAAGUUGACCGUGAGUACAAAGGCGAUAACAACGCCCGCCUCGCCGCGGGCGUUUCCAUCUGGGCCCGUUCUGGCCCCGUGGUGCACCGCUUCGCGUUGCGGGUCACGGAGGCACAGGCGGCCCACGGCUACAGCGCGCAGGAUCUGGGUACUUUGGCGAAGUUGGCUUUCACCCGCUCCAAUGGCACCGCGCGGGACCCUGCCACGACUGUCUCAGCAGCAGCAAUGGUCAUCGAGGCUCUGGUACGCAGAAAUGUGCUUCAGCACAACUCUCCCGACCUCAUCGCGAAGGAGGCCCACUUGGCUGCCCACUCUGCAGGCUGUUCCGAUCACAUGCUGCUGCUGAAGACGGCCGUAUCUGCCCUGACGGAUCAGGAAGCAGCGCUGGGUGCCAGCCCCUCGAAGAUCGGUGAAGCUGCUAAGAAUCUGGCACUGGCGCUGGCUGUGGCACCACCCACUGGGAUGAAUUCCAGCAGUAAGGAACUGAUCUCUUUCAGGUCCGCCAUGUACGUCGCUGCCCGGGCAGCUGCCAGAUCCACCAUUCGUCAGCAGCUGACGGAGCAGCAUGGCCUUCCCAUCUUCGCCCGGGAGGCCGUUGUCCAAGCUCUGCUGGCGGCGCGGGCCACGGGGCACCCUUUGGGAAGCCAAGACAUGGCGGAGCUGGUGGGGAAGACAGUGGUGGACAUCAGCUUGAAGCAAGGUGAAAGCUCGCUGCCGGAGAUCCUGCAGAUGUCCCUCCUGGCCCUGCAGCCCAGCGCCCUGGACCUCCGCGCUGCGGCCUUUGCGGCGGCCCUGGCGGUGGCCACCGAGAAGGUGCACCAGGGAGUGCACCCGCCACUGAUUCGGAAGGAGGCUCAGGCUGUGCUGGAAGCUCUGCCAGCAGAUGUCAUUGGCCCAGUGAAGAGCUCUUUGGCCUCGGAGGCCACCAUCGAGGCGGUGGCCCAGCAUGGUCCAGUGGAUCAAUUGCAGCACUUGGGUUCUUUGCUGCGGGAGGCUGCUGAAUGGGACCCUGUGACAAAGCCUCUCCCAGGUGCCGUCGCCUCCAUGGCCUUCCCCGCCGCAGUGCACGUGGCAAAACGCCUGGCUCCGCUGGGAAUGCCAGGGCGCUCAGUGGAGAAGACGCGCGCAGUGGUGGAGUCUCUGGGGCUGCCCAAGGCGGAAGCGCGGCGGAUCUCCCUGCGAGCCGUUGCGCAGGUGGAAGCAGAGGUCGGCUCCACGUGGCCCGAUGGAUGCAGACAAGCAGGUGAAAUGGCGCGGAAGGUGGUGAUGGCAGGCAUCGCACCGGAGAAGAUGGGGCAAGAUGACUUGGAGUCUGGUCAUGCCUUUCUCUCGCUGGCGCUCCCUGCGGCUUUGAAGGCAGCCGUCAAAGCAGGUCCUUCAGAUCCCGAACAGAUGGCCACCUGCGCGCGGAGCGCAGCACAGGGCGCCAUGGGCACAGAUGCAAAGACGGCGCUGCAAGGGGAAUGGAUCACAGAGGCGGCCGAUUUGGUGGCUGCGGAGGCGGCGAAGACUGCGGUGAUGGAGGGCCAGUUGCCGUUUCAAGUCACGGCACGGGCGGAGAAGGCUUCGGCUGCCCUGAGAGCAUCGAGCCCCGAAAGCCACCACAGCGAUGGGAUGGCGGCCGCAAAGGCCAUUCUUCACCAUGGCCUGGAGGUCUCAGCAGAUCACUCGGAAACGGCACGGCUGGUGCGCCCUGCCUUGGGGAAGAUCUUUGGUGAUUGGUGA